AUGUAAUAACCUAAUGAAUAAUUUGACAUACAAAAUCACUAUGUAGUAUUUGAUUUCUAAAAAUGUACUAAUAGGAUGUCCAUCAAUAGGAACACAUGAAAAAAUUGAAAGAAAAAUUAGUUGAAUUGAAGGAAGAAAUUAUGUAAAUGCCCAAAGGUAUUAAAUUGUUUAAGAAGUAGAUCCUGAGCUAUUCAAAAAUCAUCAGCUACCAUUAGCAAGAGUGAAGAAAAUAAUGAAAUCAGAUGAAGAUGUCAGAGUAUUGUUUAGUAUAUCGCUAGAUGAUUGCUUAAGAAACACCAGUUCUAUUUGCAAAAGCUUGCGAAAUUUUCAUUAUUGAAUUAACACACAGAGCAUGGCAAUUCACGGAAGAUGGCAAAAGAAGAACACUCUAAAAGACUGAUAUUGCAACAUGCAUUUACAACACAGAAAUCUUUGACUUUUUAAUGGAUAUCAUUCCUAAAGAUGAAAUUAAGUCAAAUCAAGUUCCCAUCAAAAAACCAUAAGGCCAAGAUGGUUACUUCUCUAAUGUUAGUCAACAUGUAAAUGCCUUUUAAUAUUUAGCUUAUACAAUAAGUAUAAAUGAGUUAGUAGAGACAAGGGCAACAGUUUCCAUUAACUAAUUUCAGUCAAUAUUUGGGCAGUGGCUAAAGAUGAC